CAUGUCCAGGGAUUGAACUGGCCACUCUAAGACCUGGAGACUGUGCUCCUGCAGCCAGGUUCAACUGACCCCGGGUGUGUGGCAAAGAGCAUUAUCUUGUUGAAACAUCCAGUUUCUACCACCAUGGAAGAGUGCACGUGCAGAAGGAAGCAUGUGGGUUUGGAGAAUGGCAAAAUACUUGGCAGAGUUCAAUGUGCCGUCACAGACAGUGAGACGACCAACACCAGCAGCACUCAUGCAUCCCCAAACCAUGAUACUGUCUCCACCAUUUCUGACAGUAGGUACUGUACAUGCUGGAGAUAAUGCUUCCUCUGGCCUACUGCGUACCCUUUCAUUACCAGGAGGAGAUACUAAACUCAUCUGACCACAGUAGUACUGAAGGUCGGAUGCGGUUAAAUCAUGUGUUUCUGAAGCGUUUAGGGCCAAAUACAACAACCUCGGUUUUGUCUAAAUUUAGAAGUAGAAAAUGUCUUAAUGACAUGCUUCUAAAAACUGGUUUGUGUCGUCUGGUUUCACAGAAUAUUAUAGCAGUGUGUCCUGCAGCCUGAAGAUUUUCUUAACAUUGCCUAAGUAAUCCAUAUAUAAUGUAAAAAAAAUGUUGUGCACAACUAACUUCCUAAAGUCCUGGAUGCUUUUCGUAAGACUCAUUUAUUUAACCCGAUGCACCAGAUGUUUUGUUACAAAGAGAAAACCAGCUGGAAAGUCACAUCAAGAAUCCUUCGUCCUCAUAAGGUCACUCACUCACCGCAAAGGGAGUUUCAUAACCUAACCUUCUGCGUAUUCAUAUUCCUGGUCCAAGUGCAGGGUGCUGAUUACCACGACUUACACAGAUGGCAGUAAUCGCACUGUUGACACAAGGAGUUGGCAAAGUUGACAACCAAUCACACCCACCGAUUGACUAUGCAAGAAUAAACAUGUUGCUGUAGCUCACAGUUGCUCUGCAUAUAUCAGCAUGAAUCAAGCUUUAGAUAUGCACAACAUGAAUUAACUGCAUAGAAUUCUCUGGAAUCUUCCUAGUCUUCCAUAUUGACAAAUUAAUUUUUUUUUUUACCUCUUGAUGUCUGUGUGAGUGUGUCUUUGUGAAGCACAUCGCCCAGAGCUGCCCCAGUUACAGAUAUAGUUUAUCUGGUGUUUUCCCGGGCCUUUCCCCCUAUUUUCUGCAUCAGGUGUCUUUGCCAAUAACAAACUCAUUUAUGUAAUUUAUUUAAUCAGAUGCACAUGAUGCAGCAUAUCAUGCAAUGGAAAACAUUAAAUCUGAUUGUUACACUUUCAGAUUAAGACUAGAGACAGUAGUGAAGCUGAUAACAUCAGUCCAACCAGACACAGAGCAGCCGUCCAACAAGGACAAGGUAACAGGUAACAGACAAUCCAUGAUGGCAAAAUCUUAGGAAGCAAAGUGUCUCUCUGGGUAAUCUGGCUUCCUCCUGUUCAAAGACAUGCUUGAGUCUUUUGUGCCUCUUGCACCAUGAAUCUCGAGCGCUUAUAGAAAAUAAAUGAAUUACUAAACACGGGUAGGAACAAUCAGGGAGGAGCAUCCCAAUAAGAGAGAGGUACAGAAAGAAAACACGAUUAUCAACACCCAACUGGUGACAGAAGAAGAAUUCUAGUAUACGUUGUACUAUUUUCAGGAAUCUUUAUAACCCUGGUAAAUCUUCUCAGCAGUUUAUAUUUCUAAAAAUCCACAUAUUAGCUUUAGGUCAGAGAGUUGGAUAAUCAAUUAUACUUUAAUUUAUAAGUUAAGGAACUCUCUGUGUCCUGUACCUGCCUAUAAAGGUGUAUCUAACACCCACUUCCCCAUCUCUUCCCUCUUUCAUUGUUUUGUUUAAAAACUCGUCUCCACAUCUAGCUAUGCAAUCUUUGUGCCACAUACCUUAUAAUAAUCCUUUCGUUUUUUGUUCUGGUAAAUACAUUUGCAUAAAUAUCCAGAAAACUCAGACUGUCCUGCUUCAGCUCCAGCAAAGCCACAGACAUUAAAGUCUGUCUUUUUUCGCAACCACUUCUUGGGUCCUGUUUUGUUUUCUUAAUAUAAACUUAUGUUAUUAUAGUUAAUUUAGUUGGUAUCAUUCUUCUUAUCUAACAUAACCGUUCCAAUAAUGGGAAUUACUUCAUUUUUUUGUUGUUGUUUAACAAACCUGUUGGUCAACUCUGCUUCACCUCUUUCACAAUUCUAUAAAGCAACUCAGUCUAUCAGUGUAAAAAGAUGUGUGUGUUUUACAGUUUCAGCCAGUUCCUCUCUGGGUUUUCCCAUUAGCUGUGCCUAAGUUAUGCGAGUUAACAGAUAAAAGCUUCUCUGAUCCCAGUCAUGCCAUAGUGAGGAUUUUGGGUCAAAAUGUUCUUAAUAAAUCAAAGAAAGCUUUGCUACAUUGUUGUUGUACCUUAUACUGCUGAAAAAGAAAUACCCUCAAUACACAUUAUUACGUCAAGUUUCCUUUGCUUCAUGGGAGAGCGGCUGAUAUCGCUGUUUCAUAUCCACAAUUCGUUCUAAGCAUUAGUAAUGUAAUGAAAGCAUUAGUAAAUUAUUUGGGUGAAUUUCCAGUGUUUCACCACAGAAUUGUCACUGGAAAAUAUCUCAGUUCUACUUCUGUAAACAUGUUCAGUAUGUACUAGUGUUGUGACUGCUGCUGAGCUCGACAUGUUUUGUUGGAACUGUCUAUAAAUAGUUUCCACACAGAUUUUGCAAUCAUUCUGUGAUUGCCACGAAGAACGGCUUAAUAUGUAGAGGUGAAUGUCCCGUAUGUAGAUUAAUAUCGAUAAUUACAUAAAAUGAGUUAGUAGUCAUUGAGUAAUAUUUAUGUUUGUUAUGCGUCCUACAGGAAACUGUUUUGCUGCUAAUCAUGACCAAUUUUGUUAGCAAAUAUAUUAUGAUGAAAAGAUGCUGUUCUUAGGUUUGAUUUUAGAACUGUGUUCGUGUUUUGUAUUGUCGGUGACGUGCUCGUGUUCAAAAUAUCCGGAGUUGUACAUUUUGUAAAUAUAUAAACACAACCAGUGCAGUGAAACUGAAUGAAACGAUAACCAUGGAGCAAAUGUGACAUUUUCUUAUGCAUAUACAUUAAAAUGAACAAUAUCCACAAAGUGAGAACUAAUAAAGCCACUUUAGUGUAAUUUAAAUCUAUAUAAAAUAAACUUUUCGUAUAAAAGAUGUUUUCUUUUAUUCAUCAAAGAGAUAUUAAGCUUGAGGUUUCAACCUGCUACACCUCUUAUAAUCCAGGCAAUUAAGAGUAGCCAAGAGGUCAACACUGAAUAUGUAUUUCCUCUACAAAUAGGUACAAAUAAUAAAAUACAUCAAUUAGGAGCAGCAUGUAUAUUAUUCGUGCAUACUCUGGGAUUCCCAGAAGCCGCUCUGACUCUAUUGUUGAGUAAUUACUGUAAAAUGUGUUUAGGCAAUAGGCAAUAAUAGAUUAUGCAGUCAGCACAACCUGCAUGUUUUGAGGAACCACAGAUUGACCCUGAAUCACUGGCAACCCCAGGGCUCUUAACUGAAAUCACAAACUGCACACACUCUAAUGGCGUAGAAAAUCCAUUGGUGAAAUGUCCUGUGUGACAAGCGGAUAUCAAGCACUUGUUUUGUUAUUGCUGCACUCAAUUGGAAAAUCAGUGUUAUCAAGAAAACACGCUGAAUGCUUUAAUUAUUCCAGAAAUAGAAAUUCACACACAAAAACAGAAUAUAAAAAAAGACUUCACAAAGAUGAAGUGAUUAUCUCUGUGAAAUCGCUACCGCUGAGAUGAUCUUGCAGUCACACUUUACUACUGAAAAGGUUACGCAAGCAUGACAUGACUGUUGCUUGCAUGUAUAUCUGUGGGAUUCUAGGGGGCGUCACAGCGGAGAGGGGAAUAAAAAGCCAGAGUGCCAGUCUCGGAGAAACAGUGGCAGCACAGAGAAGAGACGACAGCUGCAGCAGACAAGCCUGCAACUAUGAACAGCACCAUCCGUCAGAAACACAAAACCUCAGGGUUAAAGAAAAAGUACAUCAACCACUUCACAGAUGUGCACGGUCUGCCUUGCAUCGAGAAGAUUGUGACCUCGGUGGAGGACAACCCAGAGUCCAUCGCCACCGAAGUCACUGGCACAAUCCCGCCAUGGAUCAGAGGCAACUUCUUGAGAAACGGGCCGGGAAAGUUUGAGAUUGGAAACCAGACGUUCAACCACUGGUUUGACGGCAUGGCUCUCCUGCACCAGUUUAAAAUAUCCAACGGGCAGGUGACUUACAAAAGCCGCUUCCUGUCCAGUGACAGCUACCAGUCCAACAAGGAGCACAACCGCAUCGUAGUUUCUGAGUUUGGGACUGUCACCAUGCCAGACCCCUGUAAAAACUUCUUCCAGCGCUUCCUCUCUAAAUUUGAAUUGCCAAAGUCCACAGACAAUGCCAAUGUGAGUUUUGUGACCUACAAAGGUGAUUAUUAUGUCAGCACAGAAACCACUACCAUGUGCAAGGUGGACCCCGAGACAUUAGAGACAACCAAGAAGGUGGACUGGAGAAAAUUCAUUGCUGUGAAUGGAGCAACUGCACACCCACACACUGAGCCUGAUGGAACAACAUACAACAUGGGGAAUUCCUACACAAGUAAAGGAGCAUACUACAACAUCAUCAAAGUGCCUCCCACCAAGAAAACAGAAGAAGAGACCCUGGAGGGAGCGACAGUGCUGUGCUCGAUUCCUUCAGUGGACAAGACCAAACCGUCCUACUACCACAGCUUUGCGAUGUCUGAGAACUACGUGGUGUUCAUUGAGCAGUCCAUCAAGAUGGACUUGAUGAAGAUAGUGACAGGCAAGCCGAGAGGUAAAAGCAUCUCUGACAGCUUCUACUGGGACCCCAAACACAAAACUGUCUUCCACCUGAUUCACAAACAGACUGGGAAGGUCAGCCCGAUUAAGUAUCUCGCCAAGCCGCUGUCGACUUUCCAUCAGAUCAACGCGUACGAGGAGGGCGGCUUCUUGGUCCUCGAUAUGUGUGCUUCAGAUAAUGGGCAGGCGGUGAAAAACUUCACGCUUCAGAACUUACGUAAAUCUGGGGAAGCUCUUGAUGAGGUGUAUAACACCCUAUGCAGAAUCUUUCCUCGCCGCUUCGUGCUGCCUCUCAGUGUGGACGACGACACGGCCUACAACCAGAACUUGGUUGACCUGCCAAACAGCUCAGCCACCUCCAUAAGAAUAGGUGAAAAUAAGGUGUUCUGUACUCAUGAGGAUCUCCAUGGGGAAGAUCUCCAUCACUACGGAGGCCUGGAGUUCCCUCAGAUCAACUACGGCAAAUACAACAUGCGUUGCUACCGCUACUUCUACGGCUGUGGCUUCAGACACCUUGUAGGAGACACUCUGAUCAAGAUGGACCUCCGUGGGAAAUGCAUGAAGGUGUGGGAACAUCCUGGCCUGUAUCCCUCCGAACCAGUUUUCAUACCUUCCCCUAAUGCUACAGAGGAGGAUGAUGGUGUCGUCUUGUCUGUUGUCAUCACCCCAAAUGAGGAUAAGAGUACGUUCCUUCUGGUAUUAGACGCCAGGACGUUUGAGGAGCUGGGCAGGGCUGUGGUACCCGUCAACAUCCCCUAUGGUUUUCACGGGACAUUCAACGCCACAGCGUAGACACAAGAGGAGGCGUAGAAGGUCGGAUGUACCUCUGACCUCGCACCGAUAGAUCAACAGUCUAUAAUAUAGCCUAUGUUUGUUACUUUGUACAUGCUUAUUUAGAGGUAGAAUAUAGCUCUUGUCUCGUCUUG